AAACCCAAACCCCAAUAAGAAUCCGAGUUGGAAAGAAUUGGCCAGGCGUCCAGGCCAGGAGCAAAGGGCUCGCCAACAGCCUACGGUUUCUGUUUUUGCCAAUGGAUAGAUACCAGAAAGUAGAGAAGCCAAAGCCAGAGUCACCCAUUAAUGAGAAUGAGAUCCGAAUCACUUCUCAAGGCGCUAUUCGGAACUACAUCAACUAUGCCAUUGCUCUUCUUCAGGACAAACGUGUGAAGGAGAUUGUCUUGAAAGCAAUGGGACAGGCAAUCAGUAAGACAGUAGCAAUCGCAGAGAUUAUAAAGAAAAGGAUUCCCCGCUUGCAUCAAGAUACUGCCAUUAGCUCAGUGAGCAUAACUGAUGUGUGGGAACCUAUUGAAGAGGGGCUUGUUCCUGUGGAGAUGACUCGCCAUGUCUCAAUGAUUUCUAUCACCUUGUCUGCUAGAGAGCUAAAUAAAAACUCUGCUGGGUAUCAAGCUCCGCAUUAUGUUGAACAACCAAAGCCACAAUAUCAUUAUCAGCAGCAGCAGCCACCUAAGCAAGCUCGCAUUCCGUAUAAUGCUGUUAAUGAAGAUUCAUAUGGCCGAGGAAGGGGUCGUGGCAGAGGGAGAGGGCGGAAUUGGGCCAGGGGUGGAUAUGGAAACUAUCAAGAUAAUGGUGGAUACUCAAACUGGGGCAGAGGUGGUGGGCGAGGAAGAGGUUGGGGCUAUCGUGGUAGUGGUUAUGAAAGAGGUAGAGGUGGAGGGGGCAGAGGCUAUAGCCGCGGCCGUGGAAGGAUGGGUGGUGGUCGCUCAAGGGGUGGUGGCUACUAAAGCAUAAUCAAGGACUGAAGCUCUUGUUUUUUCCUUUAGCUAAAUGCUUGCCUUGGCCUGUGGGAAAAAUUAUGGCAGUACUGUUUCUAAUAGCGUGAAAUGUGGCUUAAAAUCUCCAGCAUUGUUAAGCAGUGGUUUUGUGUUUCUUUCUGCAUUAUAUGGAUAUGGGCAAGGUUGUUUUGUUGGUAUUUUUUGCAUUUAGCCAAGGGCAAGUGGGUGGGUUAUGAUUGUGCUGUAAUUCAAGUUACCCUUAUGGUUGACAAUACACUACAUCAUGUUCAUAAAUAUUUCUUCAUUCCUUGGAA